GACCUUGGUGACUGAGAUGGCAUCCUCUUUAAAGGUCCCAGGACCUCUCCUGGCUCUGCUGUUCCCUCUCUGUGGGCUUCUUGUACACAGCCAGAACCUCUCCUGGAGAGAAUUCAUGAGACAACACUACCUUAGUGCAAACUUGGAAUUCAGUGCAUACAAGUGCAGUGAUCUCAUGAAGGACAAAACAGCUCCAACAGACAAGAACCCUCACACCUUCGUCUAUACCCUGUGGUACAAAAUUGAGCAGCUGUGCAACAGGAACUGGAGAGAUCGCUACCGAAACAUCUAUAUAUGGACCCACUAUCCCUUCAAAGUUCUCCAGUGCUACCUGGAUCAACAGAGGAAAAGCUACAGAGAGAGAAGGACCUACAGCUACAUUGAAUUCCACUGUGGCAAGAAUGGGUAUGUUGAUAGCAUAGAGGACUUCCGGUUGCUUGAAGAGCUCAAGAAAAAAAUGUAACCACUUGCUUAGGUCUUAGUCGUGUUUAGUGUGUCCCAAGUUGUAGCCCCAGCUCACAGCAAUAGCUCUUGUUACUCCGUAUUUUGCUUAUGCACCAAUUUUUUCAUCUACUUGGAGUUGCGUAUCACAUGGUUCCUUAAUAUCAUAAAUUUGCCCAUGUUGUUACUUUGCCUGGAAUGCCCUCACAUACUCACUUACCUGAUUUACUCUAAUUCCCCCCCGCCCCGGAUUUAACUCAUAAGGCAUUUCUUUCCAACACAGCUAGAAAUUUUCCUGAUAUUAUAUCUCUUUAUACCUGCCCGAGCUAGAUGAUUUUUC